AUGGAAACCGACUCCGCAUCGGAAAAGAACUCCACGGGACUUCAGCCCGAUUCAGACGUGUAUUCUAAUGAGGAGAAUGAGUUGACCGUCACCAUAAACCACAACGACUCGCCGUAUUCGACGGACCCUUUUCACUUCCCGACUACACUUCCUAGCUUCUCUCGAGAACCGUCUCUACGAUUGUCGUGGGAACAUGCGAUCGGGAGACCAGACCUUGUGCCAACAAAACACAGCGUGGUCUGCUCGAAGCACUUCAGAAACGAAGACUUCGACAGAACUUCGCUAACACACGUACGGGUCCGUCUACGUGAAGGUGCUGUCCCCAUUCCUUCGCUGCAGGUUCAGCAGUUGCUUGGGAAGGAGCCAGACGUUGCUGGAGUGAGCGAUCCCGAACCCAGCGCACAAGAGUUGCUUGAGGAACAGUCAAGCAUGCCAGGAGUGAGCAUGCCAGAACCCAGUGCACAAGAGGCAGGACAUGUGCACGAGGUCGCGGAUAUGCCUUCUGUGCCUCCUUCACCUGCUUUGAAACUGUCUUAUUUUGAAGUACAGGGAGUCCAAAUUGCUGUCCUUUACGCAGCUUGUUGA